UUCUGUUGACUAGUGUGAGACGCCUUUUCUGUUUCCAAGUCUGCUGCCAUUCGAUUUUAAUCAAAUAGACAAAGAAAAUGAUUUUCAAAGCUGCAGUUUUUCCAUUUACACAGCUUUCUGAGUUUCCCUCCAGGCCUUCAAGAUUAAGAGCUCAAUGAUCUCCUUAUGGAUGGUUUGAUUGCUUAUAUGAAUGGAUUUUAAAGAACUGCGUUUUGAUUUUUAAUGGAUGGUUGUGGAUAUCGAUAGUUUUAAAGCAUUUUGAAGACUUGCGUUUGAUUGUUGUGGGUUCUGUUCUGGAGAUUUAUGGUUGUUGAUGGGUGGUGAUCUUUGCAAAAUGGGAUAAUUGAUUGGAGAUUUCAAGUUUCUGGGUGAGUACAUGUCUUCUCAAUUUUGGUAGAGCAUUGCAAUCCACAACUAAUCAUCAUGUCAUAUAUGUUUCACAUUGGAUCAAUUAGUGUGGCCAUCAAGGUUUCUUGGGAUCACUUUGAUCAUUGUUUUGAGAACAUUUAUUUGAUUAGUGAAAAUAUGGAAAAAUGGGUAGCAUUUUGGUUCUUAUAGCAAUGGAUACUUUACAAGUUGUUUCUUCAGCAACACAAAUAGUGUCAAGUAUGGUAGGGGCAGUUGUUGCACUAGAACAAGCCUCUAGGGAUCUUGAUGAAGCUCCAAAGAGAAUCAAAAGCCUAGAGGAGUUUGUGUCUGGUCUCGAGAAAUUGAUACGCGGAGUCAAGCAAAAGCAUGUCUACAAGCUUCAUAACCCUCAAUUUGAUUAUCAAAUUCAAAGCUUAAAUGCCCUGGUAGAACGGCUUCAUCCAAAGAUCAUGAAGGCAAGAAGGAUUGUGUCAAGGAGUAAGUUUAAGAACUUCGCUAAGAUAGUAUGGAGUUCUAUGGCUGGGGACCCUCUCGGGAAACUAGUAAAUAAUAUCAGGGGUGACUUAAACUGGUGGCUGGAAUCCCAAAGAUUUGUGCAAAAUGUUGAGAAUGUAAUAGAAUCCACUGCACAAGACAUUCCAGCUCGAUUAAAGAUAACUACUGAACAAGGGCACCCUAUAUCUAGUAAAUGUAACUUCAUAAGGAAUUUACUAGAACAAGAGGGUUCGCAACGGGUCAUUCUUAUUGUCGGAUUAUCUGGUAUUGGAAAAUCAUGUAUGGCUCGUCAUGUGGCUUCUGAUCCGCCUGCUAAAUUUGUGGGUGGAGCAGUUGAACUUGGCUUUGGGCAAUGGUGUAGUAGAGCUGCCUGUGAUGGAAACAAGGAUGAAUACCAGAAGCGUUUAGCAAGAAAAAUUUGUAAAUUUCUGGUGCAGAUUGGAUUUUGGAAGAAGAUUAAGGAUGAGAACACUGGGGAUCUUGAAUAUAUAUGUUGCUUGCUUCAAGAAGCCUUGUACGGGAAAAGCAUUUUGAUCCUUCUUGAUGAUGUGUGGGAGCAGGACAUAGUUAUGCGAUUUGCAAAGCUGUAUGAUAAUGAUUGCAAAUACUUGGUAACAACGAGAAAUGAAGCUGUCUACGAAAUUACAGAAGCUGAGAAAAUAGAGUUAGGCAAAGAUGACAUAAAGGAAAUAAGCAAGGGGAUCCUUGUGUACUACAGCCUCCUUAGUGAGGAGGAGUUGCCGAGUGUAGCAGAGAGCUUGCUUGAGCGUUGUGGCCACCACCCUCUUACUGUUGCUGUCAUGGGAAAGGCUCUCAGGAAAGAAAUCAGAGCUGAGAAAUGGGAGAAAGCUAUCAGAAAUUUAUCCAUCUUUGCCAAAUGUGCACCUGGUCCUGUCUCAUAUGUAAAUGAGAAAGAAACUGAGAACACACUAACCAUUUUCGGGUCAUUUGAGUUCAGUCUAGAAGCAAUGACUGCAGACUCUAGAAAGCUCUUCACAGCUCUUGCUGCUCUUUCAUGGGCAGAACAUAUACCUGAAGCUUGUUUGGAGGCCAUUUGGUCAGUUCUUGGACAGGAGAGCUUGUUCCCUCUCAUAGUCAGCAAGCUUGUUGAGGGCUCCUUGCUGAUCAAAACUGAUACAGAUCCAUUGUAUCAAGUACAUGACAUGGUUUCGCUGUACCUUGACAGCAAGAAAAAUGAUUCAGUUUUGCUUCUAAUAAAUGAUUCUGGAGAUGAAGAAACAUCAUUUAUUUGCCCUUGGCUUCUAAUUUUCGGGAACGAGAGUGUCAAAAGAAUUGCUGAGAAAAAGAUAGAGAUAUUCCUGAGUGUUGUAGAAGAAAAGCAAGCAGUUAUCACCUUAGAAGCAAUUAUCCAGGCUCUAAUGGCAAGCGAAACCAUAUCUGAGUUUGAAACUAGCAGAGCAAGCUUUGGUAGCAUAUUGGGACCUAGAAUCGAAGGCCUGAUAUCGUCUGGUUCACAGAGUCUGGUUGCAGUGUCUGCAGAAGCCAUCACGAAUAUAUUCAAUGGAAGUGAUUAUUGCAAUUACUUUCCAGCACUUGAAAGUACUGGUGCUGUUGAUAAGCUAGCAAUUAUACUCGAAAACUGUGAGGAACCCAUGAUCCAAACUAAUGUUUCAACUGUCCUUGCAAAGCUCGCAGAAUUUGGAAGUGCGGAAACAGUUGACAAGGUUCUUCACUGUAUCCCCUUUAACCAACUGGCUGAUUUGCUCUCUCCUGAUGCUGAGGAAUGGCAUGAGAGCAUGUUUACAAUAUUGAUGUCGUUGUCCAAAUCUGGAAAGUCAAAAGCAAUUGAGAGAAUGAUUGCUUGUGGAAUCGAGAAAACUCUUAUCAAACUUCUUGAGAAUGGAACUGAAGUAGCACAACAUCGUGCUAUUGUCACAUUAAAGGCAUUUUAUGAGCUAGGAGGCCGUCAAAUGAAUGAGUCUCUUCAACCUGCUAAUCUAAAUCUUUUGCCAUGGGAAGUGAGGCUUCGUUUGGAAAGAUUCAUUAUAUCAGAUCAGAAUGUUCCCCUUUCACCAAGGCCGCAAACUUUUGAAGAUCUCAUCGACAGGGUACUUGACAGCAAUUACAAGCAGGUAUUAGAAGCUAUGCAAGACCUCAUACCAAUCAUUGAAAAAGCUGGGGAGCCACAAAUCAGAGACAUGAUUUUAAACAGCCCCCUCAUUAGAAGACUCUUGGAACUUUUGCAGUGUGGAAACUCUCAACAAAAGUCAAUGAAAUCUGAAUCUGCCUUUUUAUUAAUGAAGCUAGCUUUCUCUGGUGGAGAAUCCUGCAUUAAGAAAUAUCUAGAGUAUGAUAUUAUUUCUGAGCUAGUCAAGAUGAUGCAGUGCACCAUUACAGAGUUGCAGGAUGCAGCCUAUACAGCAGUACACCAGAUGCUGUAUGGCAGUGGCGGGGUCCUGGUUUUAAACCAUAUCUUUCAAAUGGGUCUCAUAGAGAAGCUGGUUCAUUCCAUUGACAGCAAAUCAAUGAAAACCCAGGAAGUGAAUGUUCACUGUCUUUUGGAUAUUGUCGAAUUGGGAAACAAAGCCUGCUUGGAACGGAUGUUUUCUUUGCAAGUGGUGGAGAAGCUGGCGAAGUUAGAAAGAGUGAGUGGAGGCUCAGGUGAAACUGUGGUUGGAUUUCUCAAGGGAAUGGAUAAAUGUAAAUAUCUUUCAACGGGAGAGCGAAAGGUUAUGAAGCAACAAGUAGUUAGAAAAGUAAGGGCUGCCAUGAAAGGCCAUAAAUUUGAAGCCCGGAUUUUAGCAGCUGUAGAUGCUUGUGUGUCUGAAGGAUCAAUGAAAGGAGCCACUAGUAGUGGCAGUAGUAGAAACAGAAAGCUGUAGCUCGGGUUCUUUAGCAUAGUAUAUGUUAGAAUAUUUUCAUUAUUAUGAUUUAUUUAGUUUCUUUGAAGGUUUAUUCCCUUAUUUA